AUGCCAAUCACCAACAUCAAUGAUGGGAUCACGGUCAUUAAGUUUGUGGAGGCUUACGAUCCAGUCAUCAGCGCUGUGUACAUCAUGAAUGCGGAUGCUGCAUCCCCCUGCGCGUCCGACAUCCCUGUACGUCACUCUGUCUCUGGCUCGGGUUCGAUGGGCUGCUCUCCUCGCGACGAGGGCAGUUUGCAGGAGCUGACUAAACGCAACGGCGACCAGGACCAUGGCCAACACAAGUACUACCACUGGACUGCUACAAUGAGGUUUUUUAUCCCAACAUGUAUAUAA